UCCAUCUCCAGCGCUUCCAGUAAUGUUGGCCAAUGAUAGUGUUGGCUCAACGAGGAUGCCAUUUUUGACGACGGUAAAUGCGUCUGUCAAUAGCAGUCGAUAGCCGGUGCUUAUCGGUGUUGGUUGGAAGACGUACGCAUUUGGCAAUCACGUACUUUGGACUACGCAUUUUCACGCCUUGGGGAAGAAAAUUUACAGUUGCCAAUUUCUCCUAAUUAAGAUUAUUACAAGAAAAUGGCGAAUGAUCGUUUGGAUAUAAUAAUAUUUGGUGCUACUGGAUAUACUGGAAAAUAUGUAGUAAAAGAUAUAGUAAAGUUUUCCAAGGAACAGAAGAUAAAAUUUGGCGUUGCUGGUCGUAGGAAGGAAGUUUUAGAAGCUGUUCUUAAGGAAUUUGCCUCAGAUAUUGAAGAUGUACCUAUUAUCUUGGCUGAUAUAAAGGACGAAGAGUCUCUUAAAGAAAUGACAAACCAAGCAAAAGUAAUUAUUAAUUGUUGUGGGCCAUAUAGAUUUUAUGGAGAACCAGUCGUUAAGGCUUGUAUUGCAACACAUACUCAUUAUGUUGACGUCAGUGGCGAGCCACAGUUUAUGGAAAGAAUGCAAUUAGAAUAUAACAAAGCAGCGCAAGAAGCUGGUGUUUACAUAGUGAGUGCCUGUGGCUUUGAUAGCAUUCCUGCUGAUCUGGGAACCAUUUUUACACAGCAGAAAUUUGGAGGAGAAGUCAAUAGUAUUGAAACGUAUCUAAAAUUAUGGUCAACUAAAAAUGUGAAGGGUCCAGUUGUGAAUUAUGGAACUUGGGAGUCAUUAGUAUAUGGCGUAGCUCAUGCAAACGAAUUACGAGAACUGCGUACAAAAUUAUUUCCUAUCAAAUUACCUUCAUUUACACCAAAACUGAAAUCAAAGAUAGUACAUAGAAGUAAUGUUUCUGAAGGAUGGUCAACUUUAUUUUUGGGUGCUGAUCGUAGUAUUGCUUUGCGUACACAACGAUUCUUGUACAAUAAAUACAAAGAGAGACCUGCACAAGUACAAACUUAUAUCACAUUUGAAUCUCUUUUUACUUUCAUAGUGGUAACCAUUAUUGGUAUGAUUUUCGGUCUCUUGACCCGCACAACAUUUGGUUGUAAUUUACUUCUGAAAUAUCCAGCUCUAUUUUCGUUCGGUUUUAUAAGCCAUGAACACCCGAAGCAGGAGGCACAGGACAAUGCACGCUUUUCUAUAACGUUCAAAGCCCUUGGAUGGACUGAAAAAUUGGCUGAACCUACAGAUAAACACACAGAUCCACCUAAUAAGAAAGUAAUUACAAAAGUUAGCGGUACUUCUGCAUAUGAUGUGACUAGCAUUGGAUCAAUCUUAUCAGCAAUUACAAUUCUUAAGGAAGCUGACAAAAUACCUGACAAUGGAGGAGUACUCACACCUGGUGGUGCAUUUGGUAAAACUUCUUUGAUCGAGCAAUUGAAUAAACAUAAUAUUAAAUUUGAGUAUCGAGAGUCAUGCAUUCCUUAUAGUAUUCGCGUAUUUUUAGCAAUAAAUCCUGAAAACGGAAUAGCAACUGAAAAAUCGUCAAUCAUGAACGGAGUAUCGAAUCAGUGCGCGAAGAUGAAGAUGUACGAUGGCGAUGAUGACAAACCGAUAAUGAUUAAAAAGCCCUUACCACUGAGAACCGUUUCCUGGAGCGACAAUAUCGAAGAAACCGAUCUGGACGUCCCCGGAACACCAAGAACUCCACGUACCUCAACGACGAAAGGCCAUGAAAAAUGUAUGUUCCAUCACGAUUUGGAGCUGGAUCAUCGACCACCCACGCGAGAGGCCAUGUUACCAGAAAUGUCCCGAAGUUACAAAUUACUCUUGAGUUCGUUGGGUGAAGAUCCGGAGCGACCGGGUCUCUUGAAGACACCGGAACGCGCCGCGAAGGCUAUGCUCUUCUUUACGAAAGGAUACGAUCAAAGUCUCGAAGACGUAAUUAACGAUGCAGUAUUUGACGAGGAUCACGAUGAGAUGGUGGUGGUGAAGGACAUCGAGAUGUUCUCCAUGUGCGAGCACCAUUUAGUACCCUUCUACGGCAAAGUGUCGAUUGGUUAUCUACCCUGCAAGAAAAUACUGGGUCUCAGUAAACUCGCCAGGAUCGUAGAGAUCUUCAGCAGACGUCUUCAAGUGCAGGAACGACUCACCAAACAAAUCGCGAUAGCAGUUACAAAGGUUGUGCAACCUGCAGGAGUAGCCGUCGUGGUUGAAGGAGUGCACAUGUGCAUGGUGAUGAGAGGCGUGCAGAAGAUUAAUAGCAAGACAGUAACCUCGACGAUGCUGGGCGUGUUCCGAGACGAUCCGAAGACUCGGGAGGAGUUUCUGAAUCUGGUGCACAACAAAUAGAUGGUCGAAUGCGUCGUCGCGGAAUUGGUAUUACUGGCCGUGGGACCACUAAUUAAUUAAUUAAUUCAACAUUGCAUGACACGCCGCGACCGCCGUCCCGACUGGUUUCGUCGUUUGAUUACUACAUUAUCUUGUUGCGAGGACCUCGUCUAAAGGACUUCGUCGCCGCGAAACUCUAGCAUACAUUCCAUUUCGUUCCUUAAAAAAGAAAAUAGUAUCUCGGCGACAGUCCUCAUGUUUUUGACGUAAGUAUGAAAGGUGAUCACUAUCCAAGUUGACCAGGCGCGAACCAGGAUAGUGAUGAUUCUUAACGCACGUCCCUCGCUGAUAAGGGCGCGUUUAAACUGCUAAUGUGAGUGACAUUGACAAUAGCGAUGAUGAUGAUAAUGAUGACAAUGACGACAAUGACGACAAUGACGACGAAUCACCGUCAUCUGUGAAAACGCUCGCGAUUUUCAAAAUGAUAAUAAUAGAUACGGAACUCGCGAGCUGUUUGUCGCAGAGCAACGCAGGACAACGACGUGUGAGUUCCGGUAAGAAGAGGCAACGAAUAAAUAGUAAUUUAGUGUGAAAACAUAUAAGUAUUCAACGUGAUAAAGAAUAUUGUAACGUAAAUAAGGAGUCGCUGCUGGAUCAGCGAUAUAAUCCUAUUGGAAAGGUCUCCUCCGUUCGUUGCCUCUUCAACCGAGCAACCUCGCUUACAAAGGAACGUUUUAGGAAAUUUUUCAUCGAAGACUCAACCGGCACAAAACUCGCACAUCCAAGAAUCGAUGCGCUUCUUGCGACAAUAAAUUAUACAUCCUAGAUAUAUAUUGUACGUUAGUUAAAUUUUUCGAAGAAACUGCGCUCGACUCUUUCGAUCGUGCGAGUUUUCAAGGUUCAAUUUUACCUUGUUUUCACUGUAUUUUAUUGCAUCUGCGAAACUCGACAGCCACGAGUUUCGCAUCAUUGCAAAAUCGUUCAUUUUUAUUCACUAUAUGUAUUUGGUAAUAAGCGUAUUUUAUAAUUAAGGAGCACUUACACGAUAUUUCAAAAUUGAGAUAUUCUUCUCCACGCGCGCGCACACACAUUUUUUAAAGCUAAUAUUAAAUAUCUUGACAAUUAUGUCUGCAAAGUUAAGAUUUUAAAUAAAAUUUAUUUAAAUUUAAAGAUUGAUUGGAGAAAAUAA